CACCACUUUCUUCUCUAUCUACCCUCGUCAUGAACCCCAAAGUCACCCGCUCAUCACUGGCCUGUCUAUCAUGUCGCAGUCGACAUUUAAAAUGCGACGGCAAGCGACCGUCCUGUAGUCGCUGCAUAGAAGUCGCCCAGCCCUGCGAGUAUACCCGAUCGCGUCGCGGGGGACUGGGUCGUGCAGCUUUGGCCGAACGGCGCAAGCGCUUGGCCGCUGCUGCAACAGAGACCAACUUACUCAAUGAAAUUCCGACGAGCAUCCCAAAGCCCGCAGUCCCAACCCCGGCUUCCUUCUCAACACAUAUCGAUCAUACAGAUCAGGAGAUUCUUCUCGACUCCUAUUACCGUCAUUUUCAUCCCUUGCAUCCUUGUGUGCUACCCCAGGGUUACUUUCAGACCCUUCUGCAAGAUCCCGACCAAAGAAUCCGAUGGCGGCCCCUGGUCACUAUCAUGAGCUGCGUUGGACAUAUCUACCAUGCGCGCGAAUGGUCAGAUUCGUUGGAAGAACAAGCCGAGGCCUGCUUCGCGGAAGCCUCCUCGCUCGAUCCGGUCCUGGUUCAAUGCCGCCUCCUAUACUCCACAGUCCUAUUCUGGUAUGAGCGAAAGGAAAAAGCCCUGUCCCAGCACAACUUAGCAGUAAAGCUUGCUCUCGAUCUUCACAUGUUCAAGCCACAAUUUGCUCUGACUCAUGGGGCCAACGACCCAAUCCUGCAAGAAUCUUGGAGGCGAACCUGGUGGUCAUUGUACGUCUUAGAUCUAUUCUUCGCAGGUACUCUCGGCACGAUGAAGUUUGCCUUCCUCAAUAUUGAGGCAACGGUGGGACUACCAUGUGAGGAGCAUGAAUAUCAGUCAGGUGAGAUCCCACCCCCCAAGACCCUGCAUGAUUUCGAUUGUCGCGAGUUUGCUCUCGACGAUCCGGUCUUUUCUUCCUUUACCUACCUCAUCGGUGCCGCCCGAUGCGCCGCUCUGGCGAUUUCCACUGCUCCGCGAAAUACAGUCAAGGAAGACUCGACCCGUGUUAUUCAGACUGCCGACUCGAUCCUCGACGGAUGGUUACUGUUGUUGCCUCAGAGCCGUAAGCAACUCAUGAGCAAGACCGGAGAGAUUGACGAGCUCAUGUUCCAAGCGCACUUGCUCAUUCAUGUUGCGUCCAUCGGUCUACAUCGGCCCUUUUCCGAUCUCAAGUUCAAUCCGGUCGAGGACCUAUCUAGCUGCGCUCGGGAGCCACCUCCAGAUGCUCCCACCCCGGACCUAGUCAACGUCCACACAGUGCGGGUUCUGCGUUCCGUCGACGCCCAAGUUCGGUUGUUGGCGCUACCUGUACAACGAUUCCACCAUACCCCGUUUGUUACCUGCAUGAUAAGUGAGGGCGCCCUGUCGCUGCUCUCGGCCUGUUACUGUCUCUUGGCGGGCACUGACCUGGCCAUUGCCCGAGAUCAAAUGCGGAUGAUCAUCGGAUGUUUAAAGACGCUGGGUGAACUGUGGCCGCGGACUGCAAAGAAUGUUCGUGAAAUUCAGACGAUUGCAAGCCAUGUGCUUGGCCUCACCCCUGCGACCGCCAAUGUGCGAUCUAGGGAGAGUACUAGCUCUAGUGAGCUUCCUAGUCUGGUUCAUGGAGAUGGCUCACAAGUAUCUGGGACAACCCCUGAGGGCUCGAGCUCUGACUCAGAUCUACUUCUCUCUUUAGACUCCCUGCAAGAUUUGUGUGGAUGGUAUAACAUGGGUGAUCUAGAUGCAGACCCUUCGUGGGGCGUAGGAAUCGGACUUUGAGGAUGAAAUCGGCAACAAGUCCACUGCGAGAUUGGUAUGCAGAGGUUGCCUCUGAGAUCUCGAGUUCGGGCCAAUCAAUAUCCACGGAUGCGAUGCUUCAAAGUAUCCCAAAAGAAGAGUUGAGACUGGCCAAUGAGCAAACCUCAUGAUCAAAUGAGGAUGAUUGAAUGAAAGAAUGACCGUGGAUGCAAGUUAGCC